AUGUCAAAGGGAGCCAAUCCAAUCAGCUCUCGCCGCGUGGCCGUGAUCGGAGCCGGAGCCGCUGGUCUCGUGGCUGCUCGUGAGCUCAGGCGCGAGUCUCACUCCGUCGUCGUAUUCGAGCGCCAGAAACAAGUAGGAGGUCUCUGGGUGUACACUCCUCUUGCCGAAUCAGAUCCGGUUAGCCUCGACCCGGCCCGAUCCAUCGUCCACUCGAGUGUCUACAGCUCUCUCCGAACCAAUCUUCCCCGAGAAUGCAUGGGGUUUUCCGAUUUCCCUUUCGUUCCCCGACCCGGCGAUGAGUCCAGAGAUCCGAGACGGUACCCGAGUCACAGAGAAGUCUUGAUGUACCUCCAAGACUUCGCGAGAGAGUACAAGAUCGAGGAGAUGAUCCGAUUUGAGACGGAGGUUGUGAGGGUGGAACCUGCGGCGGAGGACGGCCGGAAAUGGAGGGUUCAGUCUGUGAGCUCCGGCUGUUUAACCGAUGAGUUCUUUGACGCAGUUGUUGUUUGCAAUGGGCAUUUCACUGAGCCUCGUCUUGCUCAUAUUCCUGAUUCAUGGCCAGGAAAGCAGAUUCAUAGCCACAAUUAUCGUGUUCCAGGUCCAUUCAAAGAUCAGGUGGUGGUGGUGAUAGGAAAUUAUGCAAGUGGAGCAGACAUAAGCAGGGACAUAGCAAGCGUUGCAAAAGAAGUCCACAUCGCAUCUAGAACGAUUGCAUCCGAAAUAUUCGAGAAGCUUCCUGGCCUCACUAAUCUAUGGCUUAACUCUAUGAUAGAGAGCACCCACGAGGAUGGCUCGGUGGUUUUCCAAAACGGGAAGGUCGUUUAUGCUGAUACCAUUGUGCAUUGCACCGGAUACAAGUAUUUCUUCCCGUUUCUCGAUACCAACGGCUAUGUGAACAUCGAUGACAACCGCGUUGGACCUAUUUACAAGCAUGUUUUUCCUCCAGCUCUUGCUCCUGGACUUUCCUUCAUCGGCAUACCAUUUAAUGCGCUACAAUGCUUUAUGUUUGAGAUCCAAAGCAAGUGGGUGGCUGCUGUUUUAUCUGGUCGUGUUAUGCUUCUGACGCGAGACAAGAUGAUGGAAGAUGUUGUAGCGUUCUAUGAAAAGGUUGAAGCCAAGCGAUAUACUCAUCGGUUACGUGAUCAGGUUGAGUAUUUCAACUGGAUCACUGAACAAUGCGGCUGCCUUCCUGUUGAACGUUGGAGAGAACAAGAACAUUCUCUUGGCGACGACAGAAUUUUCACUCAGUGUGAUACUUAUCGUGAUCAAUGGGAUGAUGAUCAUCUCAUUGCAGAAGCCUACGAGGAUUUUGCCAAACUGAUACAGAACGGAGUUUGUUAA